AUGGCCCAUUCCGUGCGCGAAGACGGGCUGCUGCUCAAGGGCUUGUUUGACUUUCCGGACAGCCCGCUCAGCAAGGCAGCACGCCAGCCGCUGCUGCUUGGCGUCUUUCUGGACUUGCAGGACCUGCAGACGUCCACACUGCCGACGUCGACCACUUGGACCUUUGACUACAACGUCGAGAUUGUCAAGCGUGCCGAGGAGCUUGGCUUCGAUCUGGCCUUUAGCCGCACCCAGUGGUUGCCAAAGGGUAGCUACGACGGCGAGGCCUCACUGGACGCCUUUGUCGCCCUCGGUGCCAUGGCCGCUGUGACGAGCCGGAUCUUGCUCAUCUCCACCAUGCACGUCCUCUACGGUCCGCUGCACCCGCUGCACAUUGCCAAGUACGGCGCCACGCUCGACCACAUCGCCAAGGGCCGCUGGGGCAUCAACAUCGUCACCGGCCACCGCGCCGUCGAGCACGAAAUGUUCGGCAGGCAGCGUAUCGAGCACGAUCAGCGCUACGCCAUGGCUGCCGAGCUCUUUGACGUCGUCAGCAGCCUCUGGGGCGAGUCCGAAAACAUAUCUUACGACGGCCGUGUAUCGCCCUGGCGCCUCAGCAACGCUUGGAUCACCCCCAAGCCGCACUUCGGUCGCCCCGUCCUCGUCAAUGCCACCGGCUCGCCGGCCGGCAUCGAAUUUGCUGCCCAAUACUCCGACCUCAUCUUCAUCACCUCGCCUGGCGGCGCCCACAUCGACAGCGCCCUCGCUACCCUCCCGCCGCACAUUGCCGCCAUACGCGAGGCUGCCGCCAAGCACGGCCGCACCAUCAAGAUCAUCAUCAACCCCUUCAUCGUCUCCCGUGACACCCCCAUCCAGGCCGAAGCCUAUGCCGAGGCCAUCGACGACGGUCGCAAGAACCGCGCCUUUGGCCGCCAGUUCAGCGGCAAGCCCUUUGACAGCGAUGCCCAUGCCUGGAAGGGUCGUCUCGAUCCCAAGCACAAGCAGGGCUAUCAUUUUGGCAAUAUCGACAUCAUCGGAUCGCCUCAACAGGUGCGUGACCAGCUGCUGGCCCUACAUCGCAUUGGUAUCGAUGGCGUGCAGCUUGGCUUUUAUGACUGGAAACUCGACUUGGAACACUUUGGCGAGAAGGUCCUACCCCUACUCAAGGAGGCCGGCUUGCGAAUCGAUUGA